CUUUACGGAAUACCUAGAAAAUAACUAUAUUAGACGGGGCUAACAGGGGAACGAUAAGGAAGGAUAUUGUGGUGUCAUGAAAGCUGAAGGAUUGGACAUGGUCAGCGGUACCUGAGGCUCUAGCGUCCAGUGUGAAGCAGGUCAUCCAAGCUUGCUGUUGUCAGGAAACGCAGCUGAGGCCAACUUUCCCAGCCAUUUUGUCAAGUAUUCAAGAACUGCCCAGUACACUGCGGAAUAACGUUGAAAUAGGUGACGCACCAAGUAUGUGUUCUAGUCCCACGAGCGUGCAGACCGAGUGCAAGUUGCAAAUUGCGAAGACCGUGCCCAUUGCUCUCGACAAUUCUGAGGAGCCCACCGAGAAUUUUUCUUUCGCAGAAGAUUUUCGCGAAAUCACAGAAAUUAAGGAGAGGAUCGGCUCUUUCUUCAAGGUGGCGAAAAGGCGCAAAUCGCAAGACCUGAACAGUUCCACUGACUCAUUCAGUAGUGAGCAUUCACCACAGUACAGAGGGAGGAAAUAUUCAUAUUCUAUGACGUUAUGGCCAGUGGACGCACCAAAUACGCAUGCGCACCGAGAGGAGUUUCUGGAAGAAGAACAGCAGAGCAAGAUUUACAAACUUGCAAAUACUGUGAAAAUGCUUCACGAAAAGCUCCUUCGAGAAAAACAAAGGAAAGAGGAGUUACUGAACUACUGUGCGAAAUGCGAGGAAGGGUGUCUGCUUCAAGUAGACCGGAUGGUUGAUUUGUUUAAACGACGGGUUCACACUUUGGAACGCAAGGCGUCCCAUUUUGAAACAAUGGCAAAGCGUGCCCGGCGGGAGAAAGAGCUGGUACAAAAAUCGCAUUUGCAGACGACAAAAAUGUUACAGGAUUCGUUGGAAACUAUUAAAACUGAAUUAGACAAUGUGCGCGCUAAUAAUGUGGAACUAGCAAAAAGAACAAACAAACUAAAUGAUGAAAAGAAUUCUUUGAAAAGGCGGAUUCAUGAUAUGGAUAUUGCAACCUAUGCGAAGGCAGACUUGAAAGAACUGGAGCUUGAGGUGAGCAACGUUAGGAUUCUUUAUGAACUUGCGCUUGACAGGCUGAAGUUAUACGAGGGAGGGCUGACAAAAAGAUACAGACAAGAUAAAUUUCAAUUACAUGAAGGUUUACCAGUUGUGAACAUAAUUCCUUGCAGCGGACAAUCUGGCAAAGACCAUGACGUCACGGUGUCUGAUGACGUCCAGAAUGAGGAUGACGUCAAAACCGCCUAUUCAGGGCUCAGCACUCCUGGCAGUAAUCGCAACAUGUCCCCCAGUUGUGAGGCAGAUGUAUCAGAAUCUGACCAAGAAGAUGACGAGGGCACAACAGACAGUGAUAAAAUUGGUGAUUCUUUCCUAGCAACUACAAAAAUUUCCCCUACCCUCGUAGCUAAUGGGGCUGUCAAACAAAUGAGUGCUGAGGACAUUUUAACGCCCCAAACAGACAAGCCACCUACCGUACAGAAGAGCACGUCUCUGCCGAAUGAAUCAAUGCUGGCGGUGCUAGCUAGGCUCGAGCGUCUGCAUAGGACAAACAAGCAGACUCCCUGCCCAGAGCUGGAAGCUUCUGCUGAAAGUCUUCCAACCAACAUCAAUUUGAACACUAAGAAUCAGGAAAUGUUAGCAGAAGAAUCGGAGUUUGACGAAAAUGUAUCCAUGUGCGAGGAAAACUAUUUCCGUAAUAUUUCUUCCGAUCCGGAUCUAAGCGAUGCGGAAAGGAGAUCGUCUGCCAACAGUAAUGAUUGUGACUUGAACUCCAGCAGCGCCUCCGUUUUGCGCAGGUCGUCCAGUGGCUCCACUUUCAGUCGGAUUCGCAACCGUCGGAACGGGGUGGUGGCGGGCACCAUUGGACCCCUGCCGUUACUCAUGGGUGGAAAGCAAAGUCGAAAGAGCAAAGAUUUCACCAAUGUUUUAAAGCAUUUUAAUAUAAAUAGGGGCUCCGUGAUGACGCCUCAGAGGAGAAGAAAAUCGUCAAAGAUAGCGUCUAUGAUGAGUAUAUCACAGGCGUGUGAGGAGGGAGGGGAGGGAUGACCAAGGUCAAGGUCAGAUAUAGCGACCCCCUCAAGGUGACUGCCGUGAAGAUUUUUCCAGCUCAUACGCUGGGGCCUCUGAGACCCAAAACUUCCACUUACUCAGCGUGAUGUAUUAACUUCAAUAUUUAAAAUGAAAAGUAUUUUCAUUGGUCUUCAGUCAUAUUAAUCACGAUCAAAGCCGCUGCUCUUGAGAGAAACUUAGCAAGAGCGGAAACAGAGGGAGGAGGAUUUCCAGAGAGAAAUGAUGGACUCAACAAAACUGAAGAAUGAUUUACUCACACAGUAUUACGAAUUUGCCUGAAAUGUUGUCGUCUUUUCAAUACUUUCUUGUCAGCAGACAAUAAGGAAUCACCCCCACCCCCACCUUCCAGCCUUAUCAAUAUGUUGGAGCUGUCCUUCUUCAUUAUUUUGUCUAUUUGUAGCCUAUAACAAAUCGUAACAACUUUCUCUUCGGUAACAAAACGUAUUGAUUUUUGCCGUCAAAAAAGUUGGACGCUUUCAACAGUUAACUGCCUACAA